UGAGCACAUCACCUCUGUUCUGCAAAUGCCUCACCAGAGAGCUAGGACUAGCAGUAACUAGUAAGUAAAUAAAUACUUUAAAGAUAGCUGCAUACAGGGGCUGCUGUGGCACAGCAGGUAAAGCCAUCGCCUGCAGUGCUGGCAUCCCAUAAGGGCACAGGUCUGUGGCCUGGCUGCUCCUCUUCUGAUCCAGCUCUCUGCUGUGGCCUGGGAAAGCAGUGGAAGAUGGCCCAAGUGCUUGGCCCCUGCACCCACAUGGGAGACCUGGCAGCCCCAGCCGUUGCAGCCAUUUAGGGAGUGAACCAGCAGAUGAUGGACUUCUCUCUCUCUCCCUCUGCCUCUCUAUAACGCUGCCUUUCAAAUAGAUAAAUAAAUCUUUAAAAAAAAAAAUACCUGUAUAUGGCCCAUGGAACCAGUCAACAUAAUUCCCAGAGAGAUGCUGUUUCUAGAAGAGCUGCUUGCUGUGCGUUAGGCCUGGCGCAAGCAUAUUUGGGGACUUCGGUGGGCUCGCAUCCUCUGUGCAUACCCCUUCUCACCUGUGAGCUCCCCUGUGCUCUGGGUUUCGCCUCCCUUGGUGGUGGUCAGCUGAUCCCUGAAGAAGCCACUGCUUGUAUCGGUUUUGAGCGGCUCUGAGUGUUUACGGGGGACUGAACAGCAGCGCUGAACCUCAGCUUCCUGUGCAGAGGGCCUUACAGGCGAUCUGCCAUGGUGCUUAACGCUGGGCAGGGGUGCACUCUUCUGGGUGUAGAGCAGGUUUCUGCUUUAUGCCUACAGUAUCUCUCACUGCCUGGCAUUGUGAAAUGUUUGAGUCGGGGGAGAGUGGAACAGGCUUACUGUGGGUGUUCUGAGUGCCGUUUCGGCUUGUGUCAGGCUGUAGACACACGGCCAGCUGACGCACUAGUGAUAGGUUGGGAAUCUCAGGCUUGGCAGACCAGCUCAGCCACAGCAGCGUAUUCUGCACGUUCGGAAACUGCAGUGUAUCGUUUUACUGAAUGCUGGGAGCAGGCAGCGUUUCCCACUUCACCAGACUUCAGGGAGGGGAGUUUAUUCCUGCAUUUUGAAGACAUGGUUCUUUCUUAAGAUGGUAUACACUGUUACUUCAAGAAUAUGUUAUGACUGCAUUGGAGGUUUCCUUGGGGUUCGCCCCUACUUAAACCCCUCUACAGCAUUUCCGAAAAGGACGCUUGCAUUUACAAUUAAGUGAGGAGAGACUACUUGGUCAUCUGAUGUUGCAGGGAACCAGUGGAGCAUGGACUUUUAUGGAUACUGUGACAAGCUUAAUUUCCUCCUUGAAUAAUUACUUUUAGUUAUCCAUUCUAUUUUAUUUCCUUUAAUGUUCCUACAAGAUUAGCACCGCUUUAGUCGUAUAGGUCAGCAUUAUUCAUAAACCUAGAAGACGCAUCUUUGCCUAGGCGAAUAUACUGGGGAUUAGUUAUUUGGGUAAGCUAUAAAUAGAAAGUCUGCUUGUGCCUACUCUGCAGUGUGAGAGAGCAGGAACAACACUGAAUAUGAAACAGUACAGUAGGUGCUGGUGUUCAGCACAGCGGUUAAAUGCACUUGGGAUGCCCACAUCCCAGGCUGUGCGCUCAGUUCCAGCUUGUGCUCUGGGAAACGGCAGGUGAUGGCUGCAGUACUCGGGUCCCUGCUACCCAUGUGGGAGACCUGGAGUUCUAUGCUCCUGGCUUCAGCCUGGUCCAGCCCUACUAGCUGUUGCAGGCAUUUGGGGGAGGGAACCAGCAGAUGGAAGAUCUUGUUUCUGUCUCUGCCUUUUGAAUAAAUAAUUUUUUUAGAACGAUGUGUUUAUUUAUUUGAAAGAAUUGUGGAGGAAGGAGAGACGGAUCUUCCAUCCCCUGGUUCACUUCCUAGAUGGCCUCGGCGGCCAGGACUGGCCCAGGCAGGAGCCAGGAGCUUCUUACUGGUUUCCGAUGUGGGUGCAGGAGCCCAAGCCCUUGGGCCAUCCUAGACUGCUUCGCCAGGCCAUUAGCCGGGAGCUGGGUUGGAAGUAGAGCAGCCAGGACUCGAACUGGUGCCCAUAUGGGAUGCUGGCCCUGCAGGCAGUGGCUUAACCCACUGCGCCACAGUGCUGGCCCUGAAUAAAAAAUUUACAAUCUAAUUCUAGUUAAAAUUGGACUAAGCUAAAUUUAUAGAAUAGACAUUUAUUCAGCAAUCCAUGUAAAUACUGUGUGUAGCUAAUUUUACAUACUUUUGGACCAUUUUUAAGGGUUAACUUUAAAAAUACAUUUUGUUUACUGCAAUUAUAGUUAAAUCUUUGUCAUUUUAAAAAGUGAUUUUCACUAAAUAACAGCAGAAGCCCAGGCAGGUUUUUCUCUGAAAAUGCAGAACAAACAAGGCAUUGACCUGGUAAAGACAACUUCCCGCUGUCUGAAUACCGAUCCUGUUCCCGGCGCUGCCGGUUACCAUCUCCGCAGCCCCGGGAAGGGUUAAACGUUGGCGUUUCGGCCCAGACACUUCAUGGUGAGGAUUAAGCAGAAUCUGGCAAGGACUGCCCGUCAGUCAGUUCUUGUCCAGCUGGUUUUCCGUUUGCUCUUGAGGCACAGGCCGCCCUGAGGAAUACUUCGAAAUGUCGAGCCCUCGGCGCGGCCCGGCCGGGCGGCUCCCUCCUCGGAGCCCGAGUGCUAAAAUCCAAGCAGGCAGCCGCGGGGCCGCUAAAGCCGGCCCUGCGCUCGCCCGGGCCCUCCCGGCAGGAAGCGCGUCGCCGUCCCUGGGUGCGCCCGGCGGGUGCGGGCCCAGCAGCCGCCUGCGGCCCGCGCACCACCUGUUUCCGCCCGCAGGGACUGCUCGGCGGUGUGUGUGGGCAGGGGUCUGCGGCCCGCGCCGCCUCUGGCGUCAGAGACCCAGGGUGCCCGCCUCCGCCGCAGCCCCCGCUGCGGGUCCCCCGUGUGCGCGCUGGGCACGGCCUCGGAGAAUCAGGAUGGCGCCGGCCGCGGAGCAGUGAGUGGAGUCGGUUCUCGCCCAGAGGAAACCUCACAGAAACUUGAAGCCCUCAACCAUCUGGAACUCAGAAAUGCAUUCGGGGCUGUCUGUGGUUUCUCAAACAUCCAGGUGUUCUGCAGAUGCCAGAGUUUUUCCUGUAGUCGCCAGGUGGAGUCCCCAACCGACGGAGAGGCUUGUGCUGCGAUGCUGAUGUCCCAGAAUACAGAAGGGGUCACUUUCUAAGUGACCGAGCACCUCGGUGACACUGAGGUCUGACUGUUGCCCUCAGCCACCUGACUGUUGAGCUGCAGUGGGAGCCAUUCCCAGCAGAGGCUCCAGCCACGGCAGGUGUUGCGACUUCCCUGCCUCCUGAACUAGAAUUCCAGGAGGGCACCUCAUUUCAGGAGCCCCCCUCCAUCCCUGGAGCCCUCAUCCCCGCCCUCAUCCCCACCCUCAUCCCCACGGCCACUGGCACCUUCUGGCGAACGUCAGCCUUGCUCCCCAGGGACCUCCUGCCUUGAAAGUGCACUCUUGGGAGAACUGUCCCCCUGCCAUCACUCCAGAGAGCCGGAAGCCCCAUCUGUCCCACCAUGGGCUGGCUCUUCCUCAAGGUUCUGUUGGUGGGAGUGAGCUUCUCAGGCUUUCUGUAUCCUCUCGUGGAUUUUCACACCAGUGGGAAAGCAGAAGACCGGAAACCGAAUUUCGUGAUCAUUUUGGCCGAUGACAUGGGCUGGGGCGACCUGGGAGCAAACUGGGCAGAAACAAAGGACACGGCCAACCUCGACGAGAUGGCCUCGCAAGGAAUGAGGUUUGUGGAUUUUCACGCAGCGGCCUCCACCUGCUCGCCCUCCAGAGCCUCCCUGCUCACCGGCAGGCUCGGCCUCCGCAAUGGAGUCACGCACAACUUUGCGGUCAGUUCUGUCGGGGGCCUUCCACUCAACGAGACCACCUUGGCCGAGGUGCUGCAGCAGGCGGGCUACGUCACCGGGAUGAUAGGCAAAUGGCAUCUUGGACACCAUGGCUCUUAUCACCCCAACUUCCGUGGUUUUGAUUACUAUUUUGGAAUCCCAUACAGCCAUGACAUGGGCUGUACUGACAGCCCAGGCUACAACUACCCUCCUUGUCCAGCGUGUCCACAGCGGGAUGGGCCAUGCAGCAGGCUCAAGAGAGACUGCUACUCGGACCUGGCCCUUCCUCUCUACGAAAACCUCAACAUCGUGGAGCAGCCCGUGAACCUGAGCAGCCUUGCCCAGAAGUACGCGGAGAAAGCGACCCAGUUCAUCCAGCACGCAAGCGCCAGUGGAAGACCCUUCCUGCUCUACGUGGGCCUGGCCCACAUGCACGUGCCCUUACCUGCGACCCAGCCACCAGCAGACCCACAGGGCCGAAAGCCGUACCUCGCGAGUCUCCAGGAGAUGGACAGGCUUGUGGGCAGGCUCAAGGACAAAGUUGACCGCACAGUGAAAGAAAACACAUUCCUGUGGUUUACAGGAGACAACGGCCCCUGGGAUCAGAAGUGUGAGCUGGCAGGCAGCGUGGGGCCCUUCAUUGGAUCGUGGCAAACACAUCAAGGGGGAAGUCCAGCCAAGCAGACCACCUGGGAAGGAGGACACCGGGUCCCGGCACUGGCUUACUGGCCAGGCAGAAUCCCAGCCAAUGUCACCAGCGCUGCCUUAUUAAGCGUGCUGGACAUUUUCCCCACUGUGGUAGCCCUGGCUGGGGCCAGCCUGCCCCAAGGCCGGCACUUUGACGGUCUGGAUGUCUCCGAGGUGCUCUUGGGCCGGUCCCAGACUGGACACAGGGUGCUGUUCCACCCCAACAGUGGGGCAGCUGGACAGUAUGGAGCUCUGCAGACUGUCCGCCUGCGGCAGUACAAGGCCUUCUACGUCACCGGUGGAGCCAGAGCCUGCGACGGACGUGUCGGGCCUGAGCAGCGCCAUGAGCCUCCCCUCAUUUUCAACCUGGAAGAUGACGCCGGGGAGGGUGCGCCUCUGCCGAGAGGUGGUGCCCAGUACCAGGCUGUGCUGCCCGAGGUCAGACAGGCCCUUGCCGACAUCCUUCAUGACGUUGCUGGUGACAACGUCUCCAGAGCGGACUACACUCAGGAUCCGUCAGUGAUCCCCUGCUGCGACCCCGCCCAAGCCGCCUGCCGCUGCCGCGCCGAGGAACCGACCCUUCCGCCCGGAGGAGUCUCUAGAAACUAGACGGGCAAGUUCACUUUCAAACUGCGCUUUUACCCCCUUUACAAACAAUGCCAGCAUCUGUUCUGAGGCAGCCCCUCUGCUCCCUGUCCCUCCCCAUACCGGCCUGGGGGCGCAGCUGAGCUGAGCUCAGCACAGGGCAGUGGAAAGCACGCCACAGGCAUGAGUUCGAGCCUCGGGUUUUGAACUUGGGCAAUGAUUUAACCCAAACUGCAAGUUGAUGUUGAAGGGCAAAUAAGGCCGCAGCUGAGGAUGCCUCGCACAGGGCCGGCACUCAGCACGUCUCAGUCUCAGGUUUGCUAGAGCAGACCUUCAUCUGAAAUGUGCACACAGGGCCAGGGUUGUGGUCAGAGGGUUAAGCUGCCCCCCGCGGUGCUGGCACACCUAGGAGUCCCAGCUGCUCCACUUCCCAGUGCACCUGGGAAAGCAGUGGAGGAUGGCCCAAGUUCCCAGGCCCCUGCCACUCCUGUGGGAGACCCGGAUGGAGUUCCAGGCUCCUGGCUUCAGGUUGGCCCUGCCCUGGUGGUAGUGGCCAUUUGAGGAGUGAGCCAGCAGAUGGAAGACCUCUCUCCAUGUCUCUCCUUCUCUUGCUGUAACUCUGCCUUUCAAGUCUAUAAGUAAAUCUUUAAAAAAUAGUAAAAUAAAAUAUGCACACAAAUA